UCGGUCUGACCUUUACUUGUUUGUUGAAUUAAAGUAAUAAUCAACAUGGAUGAAUUUUUUCGAAAACUCUUCCGUAGAAAAUUAUUCUAUUCAAUUUUAUUGGGCUACUUCAUCUACUUUGUAGGAACGUACCCUAGAGAGCCGGUUCCGUUCAAGUAUACGUUACAAGUCGCCUUGUUCGUCUAUGCUUGCAUAAAAUUGAUGGAUAAUUUGUUCACCUAUAAGGAAGUGUUGGUAUUCUACGUGACUACGUUCCUGAUUAUUAAUUACGGUCAUUAUUUGCCAAAUGCGGAUCCGAUUACUACAAACCCGAAAUACAUUCGCCAGCAAAUGCAAGAUGGCUAUUUUAUCGUUACACAGACAAUGGACAUUUAUGCCUUACUGGUAUUUAUGGAAAUUUGUAUGCGUCUUCGGGAAAACAGGCAGCGUUAGUUUCGACGUCUGUGAGGAGAAGAUGGAGGUAGAAGAGAAAGAGAAGGAGAAGGAAGAGAAGAAAAAUUAGUUUAAGUUCAUAUAGUUCACUUGUUAAAUGUAUUUUGUAUUAAGUUUAUAUCGUUUACUUGUUUUAUAAAUUAUGAUGAGGUUACCAUCCAUAUUAAAAUAGGUUUGCCCAUUUUCAUCCAAAUGAGUUGCAAA